ACAAAACCCCAAACUCAGAAACAAAACCCCUAAAUAGCUCUCUGCCUCAGGUCCUGGCAUAAUCAACCUAAACCCUAAAAUUCUGGUAGCUUCUCUACUGAUUUUGAAACGGCUCUAACGAUUGGCCAACAGCUUUUCACGUUAGAGAAACAGAGGACAUCAUUGGCUAGAGUUAGCCAUCCGCCUGCCACCGGACGCUGGAAUGUUAGGCCAGUGGUUGCCAUAGCGACUGAACGGCGAGAGGCUAGACUGACUAGGUAGGAGGCAGCUCCUGUUGAGGGGCCGGUCCUUGAGGUCGUGAGGAGGACUCGGCGCACUCCAUGGGACACCCACUGAGACCUCCGGACUCUGGGUGCGUGCGGAAUCUCUGUGCCCAACUGGGUGGUGCCUCCAGAGCCAGAAGGUGUUUAGAAGAAUGCGAGGCUGAGGUUUUCCUCAAACAGAUUGAACAUGCUCCAGAGCUUCGCUAACAUGGACAGCAUUCUCCUGAAAGAUGAAGACCCUGGCAAACGGAUCAAGCAUGGCGACAAAGUACAGAAAGGUUUUACCGCUGCAUACCCAACUCAAGCCUCGAUUCCUUAUAAAUACAGAAUGUCAAUAAUCCCAGAAUCAGAAAAAAAGGGAUUUAACAGCCAAACCAGGAGAUUCUAUCACAAAAAGGACGACAUCCCAGGCCCUGGGUUCUACAACGUCAUCCACCAGUCUCCAGUGUUCAACAAUGUCUCUCUUUCCAAGAGAGGAACCUGCACUUUUCCCUCCACGUGUGCCCGGCUGGGCAACAUCAUUUCUAAAUAUCCUGCUGCCAAUGCCUACACCAUCCCCUCAGAGUUGGUUUCCAAGAAGGACUUCAGCAAUUCCUGUUCCAGCAUGUUCCAGCUGCCAAGCUUCAUGAAAGUGGUCAAAUCGGAAACCCCUGCCCCAAACCAGUACCAUGCGGCCAGCGCCAGCUGCAAACAGAGAAGCAAUCUCUCUGCUCGAGUUGGGUUUCUGUCAAAAACAGAAAGAGGAGUCUUCCCCUUGGCCUGCUCGGCAGGGCCAGCUCCAGGACAUUACAACGUCAAUGAAUCUUUGGUAAAGCAGUCGCCAAAGAUCUUAGUGUCCUGCUUCAAAUCCAAAACUGGCCGUGGGUUAAAACUGACGUCAACAGGCCCAGGGCCUGGCUACUACAACCCCAAUGAACACACCAAGAUUCUGAAAAAGCCUCGUAUCCCGAAAGGUGCGCUCCUGAACUUUUCUGCCCACCCUCUGCCUCUGCCCCCAAAGCCGCCUCUCCCUGGUCCUGGUCAGUACGAGAUUGUGGACUACGAGGGACCCCCUAAGCAUUUCAUCUCCAGUGCGUCAUUUGUGUCCAAUACCAGCCGGUGGCCGGUACUGUCAUCCAAACCAGGCCUGCCCGGCCCAGGUCAGAGAACUGUCACCCCAAAUCUUCUGCUUUGUCAUUCCGAGACCAUCAAAUACCACCAGUUUAUGGGCUGUUCGCUAAACAGCCACAUACAAGCCAGAGAUCCCAGGGAAGCAGUCCUUCCUCUACAAUGAGGACAACAAAUGGAUCCCAGCCAUCUAGUGAUGCCACAGAAGCUGGCAGGAGGCUCCUCCAGCCAGGCCCCCGACCCUGCUCCCCAGGACAUCCAUCAGCAGAACACGCCUUUCCUCUGUCACCCAGCCCGGGGUCACAUACUGUCUGGAGCUGCCUUCUGGAGACUGGCCACCCCUGCCCUUCCCAUGCGUUCCUGAACAGAAAGGAGGAGCAGGCAGAGUUCUCUGGCUCCCUCUAUGUCAGCCUGCAAGCUGGCUUUGGUGACUCGCCUCCCCAGAGUUAAGGGAUCUUGAAGCACAGACUCUGAUGUGGCGCCCCAGCCUACUGCCAAGACAGCCUGUGGUGAAUUCCUUGCUUAGAAGCCAGUCAGCCAGGGCUCCGAGGCCUGGUCCAUGGGCCCUGACCUCCAAUUGCCCUUGACUUCUGGGAGGCAGGAGGCUUGGAGGUGCCUGCAACAGAAACACAGGGAUGUUCCCUGGGCACCCCUGCCCUCCGCUAUGACUUGUUAUCACACAGUAAGAACAUGGAAACCGGUCAUGAAUCACUCAUCAACCAUGGACUUGUAGGCUCUGUAUUCAUCAGCAGGCAAGGCAGGACCCAGCUGGAGCUGGAGGCCUGGAACCAUGGUCCCCAGGGCAGGGAGGACCUGUGUCCCUUCCUCCAUGUUCUCACUUCCCCAACCUUGCCUCGCCUUCCUGACUUCCCACUCCCGUUCUGAGAAAGCAUCAGUUUCUAAGUUGGACCAUGUCUCUAACAGACCAUGGCAAUGGCUAGAGGAAGAGCUGACCAAGAACCGAGACGAAAUUAAACUGACCAUACAUCUUCUCUUUCCCCAGGUGUUGAUAAUGUCUGCCACUUUUCUAGAUGGAAUCCUCCUGGGCUCCCUUCUCUCCUCCAGCCCCUGAUCCUCUUCUAGGAUGCCUGGGCCUCUUGCUUCCCAGGGCCCCUUCCUUGAAGUUCUCCGGGAACUGUCCAUCCUGGGCCUCCCAUCCAGACUGGCUUCUUGAUCGGCUUUUCUCUUGGGGUUGGGGUGAGGCAUGAGGAAGAGGGAGGGAAGGGAUGAAGAAACUUAUCCAAUUAAAUGAAAUUAUUGCUUUUCACAGA